AUGAAACUCUUUUCCACUGCUCUUGCCGCCCUCUCACUCCUUGUUGCUACGACCAACGGCACACUCAUGUUGCGCUUGGAAGCCAUGGGCAAGAGCAAUCUCGAGAAGCAACAUCCGCAGCAGAGCUACCAAACCAACAACAUUGGGUGCAAUCUCACUGGUACAUACAAGAAGGGUACUGAUAUCUCGUCCUGCGCUGCAAUCACUGUUGAUUCAUUGCGUGUGCCGGCUGGUGUCACAUUGGACCUGAGCAAGGCUAAAAAGGGUGCCAUCAUCCAAUUCAAGGGCACGACUAUUUUUGGAGCACAAAAGUGGGCCGGUCCGCUUGUUCUGCUCGGAGGAACUGACCUUAUUGUUAAGGGCAAUGGUGUUCUUGAAGGACAAGGAUCGUGGUACUGGAAACAAGGCCAGUCAAUAAUUCGUCCGGUUUUCUUCCGUCUGCAGAAUGUCAUGAACUCGACGGUGUCCGAGAUCACCAUCAAGAACAUGCCCUUUCAUACGUUCAGUAUCGUCACCUGCAAGGACACGACUCUCACUGGUCUCACGAUAGAUGCCAGAGCUGGUAAUGGUAUCGCCAAGAACACAGAUGGUUUUGGCUUGACCAUGAACGACCAUGUCACGAUUACAAAGAACACGAUCUACAACCAAGACGAUUGUCUUGCGAUACAGUCUAGCACCAAUACCGUCUUCCGCGACAACUAUUGUUGUGGUGGUUACGGCAUUUCAAUCGGAUCUAUCGGUGGAAACUCCGUUAACCAGUCAACAACGGUUCAGGGUUUACUUGCCAGGGGCAACACUAUCGUCGACAGUGUCAACGGUCUUCGUAUUAAGACCAUUAUUGAGCUAAAGGGACUGGUCAGUGAUGUGAAGUACGUCGAUAAUGAGCUCAUGAACGUAAAGAACGCCAUCGUUAUCCGCUCAGACUACAGCAUGAGUAAGGACGCCUACACGAACACCGCCACCAGUCAGGUUCAGAUCACUGGUGUUACGGUCUCAGGUCUUACUGGCUCGGCCACAAAUCUGUACGACAUUAAUACCAACCCGAAUGUGGUGUCAGAUUGGACUUUAUCGGGCAUCCAUGUGACCACGUCCGCCAUGGGUAUGCUUGCCGGUUUACCUAAGAGCCUAUUCAGUAGUCUCUUUUCUUCGUAG